AUGCCCCGGAUCCUCAUCUUCGCCGGCGCCCCGGCGGCAGACUGGUCCGCCACCUCCCCACCCGCCCCGGCAUCCACCUCUACCCCGCCCGGCCCGGUCUGGCGCUCCCUCACCCUCCACCGCGCGCCCCUUGUGACGGGCUACUCCCAGCACCACGGCCUGCCCUCCGACUUCCAGCCCCCGGCGCACUUCUUCAGUCUCUCCGUAGACGCCACCACCGCCGAGUCGCAGUCCGUCUCCGCCUCCCAGGAGCUGCUGUCGCAGUUCUACGACCACUCGCUGGCCCUGCACCACGACGUCCCGUCCUCCCAGCUGCCGCUCCCCACGCAAUCCCAGUCCCAGUCCCAGUCCUUCGAGACGACUGUCACAGACUCCGCGGACUCCUUCGACGACACCACCACAAGCAUCCGCCCGCCGGUGACGACAUCCCACCACCUCUCCGACCUGGAAGACAUCCCCGAGGCGCCCGCCCUGCUCCGCCUCGCCCCGCAGACCGUGACUGUGAACCUCAUCGCCGGCGUCAUCUCCGUCUCGCCGUCGCGCGCCAUCACCACGCGCUGGGGCACCGAGCUGGCCCUCGUCGAGGUCCUCCUCGGCGACGAGACCCGCGCCGGCUUCGGCGUGACCUUCUGGCUGGCCCCCGCGGCGAAGGGCGCGCCCGGGACGACGCUGCCGUCGGAGCUGAGGAGGCAGGACGUGGUGCUGAUGCAGAAUGUCGCGUUGCACGUGUUCCGGGGCAAGGUAUACGGGCAGAGCCUCCGGAAGGGACUGACGAGGACCACGGUGCUCUACCGGAGGAGGAUGGGGGAGGGGGAUGAAGGCGGGUACUACAGACGCAAGGAUCUGGAGAGCCAAGGGGAGGGGAGGACACAUCCGCAGCUGGUUAAGACGAGGAGGGUAUGGGAGUGGGUGUUGAGUUUUGUUGGCGGUGAGGCGAGGACGGAAGGCAAGGGGAAGGGCAAGAAGAGGGGAUGGGAUUUGCCGCCCGAUGAUACCCAAUGA